AUGACGAUCCAACUAGCUGCGGCACGUCAUCUGCAUCCCACUGCAACGAUCGCCGAGAUCCUACAGCCGUUUGCCCCGCGCCUUGUACAAAGUAUUGCGACCCGAAUCCCGGACGCUGCGCAGCCUUCACUGGGUCUCAUUGCGGCCCAGUCGAGCGUGGCAGGUCACCUGCAGCUCUUCUCAGACUACUUCCAGUCGACGUCGGCUCCAGCGUGGGCGCACUGCGAGGCGUUCAUGGCGGCUCUUGACGACUGGGACAAGUUGUUUGCUUCGCCAGUGGCGUCGCGGCUCGAGCUCCUCGCGGUGUACCAUUCGUUCAAGCGUCAACUGAUCCACGUGCAAGAGCAGUUGCAAGCGCUGCAAGUCGCAGUGCAGGACCCGAUCGUAACAAGCACCAAGCUGGACGACCGGGUGUGGCUCCAAGACGUCGACGUCUGGCAGAUGUAUGUCGAGAGCGAAGCGCUUCUCGACGACGCGCGUGCUGUGAGCAACAAAACACAGCUACGGCAGCAACUCGAGGCUGCGACGAGUGACUGGGACGACCCCAAGCGGCCAAACCCCGCUCGGCGAGCCCUUGCCCGCAUGCCGGGCGCUUCGCACCAACGCCGGUGGAUUGGUCUCAUGCUACUCCUCGCAGUGGUGAUCGCCGUGGCCAUUGCGCUUGGUGUUACUUUGCGAACGCCGUCCAGUACGACGACGUCGACCGCUGCCGAUGGGACAAACGUGCCAGCCCCGACACCAUCGCCGACACCGGCUUCGACACCUGCCCCGACACCGGCCCCGACACCGGCCCCGACACCAGCUUCGACACCAUCGCUGACACCUGUCCCGACACCUGCCCCGACACCGGCUUCGACACCGGCCCCGACACCAUCGCCGACACCGGCUUCGACACCGGCCCCGACACCGGCCCCGACACCAUCGCCGACACCGGCUCCGACACUGCCGUCUGUGGGCAGCCGGGAGUUCACCGUCUCAACGUUAGCGGGGAAUGGCUCUUUCAGCAGUGUCGAUGGCCCGUUGACGUCCGCAUCGUUUCUGAACCCUCGUUCGAUCGUUGGCGCCGCCGGAGUCCUUUACGUCGGCGGAACGAACACAAUUCGACGUAUCGAUCUUGUCAACCACACGGUGUCGACACUCGCGGGGUCGGUUGCCUCUGGACAACGCAUUGAUGGCAACCUUCGAGACGCCCGAUUUGGCAACAUUUACGCAUUGACCCUGGACAGCCACGGCACGUCCCUGUACGUGGCCGACGCAUCCAACAACGCCGUCCGCAGCAUCGACUUGGUGCGCGGUGUCGUGUCGACUCUGGGCACCGGCGUACAAGGCGCCAACAAUGGUCCUAUCGCUAGCGCCACGUUCUGGGCGCCUUCCGGGGUGGUAUGCCAUGGUGACGACAUCUAUGUGGCCGAUAUGAACAAUCGUCUUCUUCGCAAGAUUACCAAUGGCACAGUGACCACCGCCAUCGGCGUUCUCGGCUCCACGACGCCUGUUGACGGCCCGAUUGUGAGCGCCACGCUGGUCAGUCCGAAGGCCGUCGUAGUGACACCGCAAGGAGUCAUGUACAUUGCCGAGACCUUCAAGAGCAUCAUCCGCAAAGUCGCGCUGGACGGCAUGGUGUCGACCAUCGGCGGGAACUCUUCCGGCUACGUGGACGGCCCCAGCGCCACGGCGCGCUUCAACAAUCCGUACGGAAUUGCAUCGGACGCGGACGGCAACAUCUUUGUCGCCGACACCUAUAACAACUGCAUUCGCGUCAUCGAUGCGGUCACUGGCGUCGUCUCGACCAUCGCGGGGUCCAAAGCAUCCGGCUACGUGGACGGUGUGGGCACAGCUGCCAAGUUCAACUUGCCGACAAGUGUGUAUUGCGACGACAAUGGCACUGUGUACAUCACCGACUACAACAACCACCGCGUCCGCCAACUGCAGUAUAAGCGCUAA